UUGUUUGUUCGUUUUAAAGCGAAACACAUGUUGAAUUUAGAAGAGCGUUGAUAAGUCACCACCAAUAGGAAAGAGCGCGUGGGCAAGAGAGACAGCGCAUGCGAUAUAGGUAGAGGAGAGAGGCACGCGCUCGAGGCAGGACUCAGUCAGAGCACAGGGCGACUGCACGGGUCAGAAGCUGAACACUGCUUCAAAACGGCGAUGUCAAGGUCUGCUCUUUUGGUGUGGCUCUUGGCUGUGUCAUGUAUGGACAGCAGAGCAGCAGUGUCAAGCCAGACUCUGCAUGUCAAUGUUGGGGAGAGUGUCAUGUUGCCGUGCCCGUGUUCUGAAGAUACUAAUAAGCUCGUAUGGCAGAUUGGUGAGGAGACAGUCGUGAAUCAUUGUUGUGUGGAUGAUCAUCCACCACACGGAACCUAUGGUGAAAGGACCCAAGUCUUCCUGUUGAAUACAAAAGGAAAUUGCUCACUACUCCUCCAUGAUGUGUCCUUGAUUGAUCAGGAGACAUUUACAUGCUACGUUUUUGAAGGGAAACAUAACGUAAUGAAAAGACAUAAUGUUGGAUUGAAAGUGGAAGAGGCUGUUUCCAUAAUCCAUGAUCCGAGCCCUCGAAAUGGACAGCCUACUCAACAACCUCAUACAGCGUAUGUGGUUGGAGUUCCCUUGUCACUGGUACUGGUAAUCCCGACGGUACUAAUUGUGGUACUUCUUAUCCGAAAGCGUCGGCAGAGAAGACCAAUAAAGGGGGUGAUCUUCGGUCCACAAGCAUUGGCUGAAAUGAACCACACUCCUGUGUGACCUGAUGCAUUUUGGAUGAGGCAAUAAUGAUGAAAUCACCUCACUGUGAAGUUCACUUGCAUAAUGAUCUGAUCACCAACACAGAGCAUUCCAGAUCUGUAGACACAUAUUAUCAGUAGACACACAUUAUUUUAUUUUAUUUUAUUUUUUAUUUUUUUUACUUUGUUGAACUCUGUAAUAUUCCUCUUAGGGCUUUUCACACUUGAAAUAGUUAACCCUGGGCCAUUCUAAUCCCCAGGUAAGCAUAAUCUUCUUUCUAUGCCUCACACUGCUCACGUUUUUUCCGGGGUUAACAGUUAAUCCAGCGUAUUCAUACUCUUUCAUUUCACAUUCUGCAUUCCUAAACUCUGGGUUAACAUUCUAAAUAGCGUAUUUUUACUGUCAGCAACCAUGAAAAAUAUAUAGCACACAACCAGUUUCAAUAACAGCUUUUCUCUUGUCUUGUUGAUAAGUAUCUGGUUUGGCAUCACAAUGCUUCAGAGCAUGGUUUCAUAAAAAGUGUAGCCAACACCACUUCUAAAUUACAAAUGUGAAAAAUUCUUGUACCUGGGGUUAAAAGAAACGAAUGAAGAUAACCUGGGUUCAUGCACAGUGUGAAAAGUCCUCUUGUAUCAAUGUACAUAUAUUUUAACAGUUACAUGCAUUUAAGUGACAGAUACCUGCAUCCAAUGAUACUUAACAGUGUGUCAGAAUCCAAAUUAAAACACAUAGCUGGUAGGCUUCUGAGUGGUGCAAAAGGAAAGAGGUCACUCAAUUGUAAACUGAAAAAUAAAAUUCUGAUAAUGCAGGGUAUGUGGAAGAGGGCAGACAGCUCUAUCCUCAUGCGUCUUGGUGGUAGCACAUGCUAGCGUUCACCUUCUUUGGUUGGUAGCUGUCAUAUUACCGGGAAGUUCCAUCAAAAUGCAGAAACAAAUUUAGAGAUCUUAUAUGUAAUACUUUCCUAUUGUAAGUAUUCAGUUAGGUUUAACGUAUUUUCUGGUCCAGUUCCUUAUUGUUUCCUGUGAUCGUCUUUGCGAGUGCCAUGCUAAGCAAAUUUGCAGCUGACGUUACAGUUAUGAAACAUGCAAGGAGGCAAAUGUUCAGUACAAAGAUUUCACAAUAGCUUGGUAUCGUGAAACUGUACAGUCACUACUAAAACGUUCUCUCUGACAGGAACAAGAUAAUUACUGUGAUGCGGUGACUAAUAAAAUAUUAAUCCAUUGUUUUCCAUUCGGAGAUGAAAGAAUGACUAAAGCCUAUAAAACCAUGAAUAGACUCUAAUGAAAAUGAGGUAACGGAUUACACUCAGUUUCACCAUAGGGUGCAGUAGCUGUGCAUAGAUAGCACUUGCAAGCAUCCGUGUGAAGUGUAAAAUGAGAACUGGGGCAAAUUUUGACCUCGCUGACCUUCCAGGCGUGUGCAGAUGAGGGCCAUGAGACUGUAGUUGUGCUAUAUGGAACAGUGCCAGUGUGUGUCAUGCUGACUGAGAGGACACAAAUAGUUUCAAAGCACAUUUCCUUCUUGCUCUUGUGCAAAUAUGUAGCAGAAGCUUGCUCAGAGUCUUUUGGUGAUGGGGUGGGAUGGGGGUGCCAGUAUUGGAAUGAGCAUGGGGGUAGCCAGUACACAGUUAACUUGAAAAACUAUUAUCAGUGCAUCAAUAAUCAAAUAUAUAAGCUUAAUAUCAUUUUACUAACUGGUGGCACACACGCUUUUUUUACUGGCCAGUUUUAUGUGAAAAUCUUCGCAGCAUAUUUAAUUGCAGAUAUAUUUCGCCCAGUAAUACUCUUUUUGGAAUGUAAGUAAGCUUGGCUUUUUUCUGGCAGAAAGCCCAGAACCGGAAAUUCAAGUAUCAUUGUUGACAACAGAAAUGAGUAGGUUUAACAAGGUGGGAAAGGAAAGCAUUUUUCAGUAGUUAUUAUGUGUAAUUAUUUAUAAUUUCAUUAUACUUUUCUUUAAUUUUAUGCCAUAAAACCUCCCUUCACAGAAACAAACUAGGCAAAUAACAGAUUGAUAUAAGUAACAGAGCAACAACAACAAGUUAAUGAGUGCAAAUAAACUUGUCUAUUCAGUGCUCCACCCUGGACCUCUGUACCAGCUGCUGUAUAAUAGUUUCAAAGGUCCCUGGUUUAUCUCCUGUCUGUAAUCUCUAAAGGAGGUACUUAAUGUGCAGAAGAUUAGCUGGCCACACUGUUUUUUUUAAGUGAAAUUAUUGGACAAUCACAAUUAUAUGCAGUUUGUGUAGCUUUGAUAGAUAACUGAGUUACUGGCAUUACUUGUGUAAUUAAAUCUACACCUAGGCUUGUUUUCUUCUGGUGUGUUUUUAUUGUAAUACUCCCUAUGGGAUAUUUUUCUUCCUUGUAUUUAAUACAAACUCAACACGAAUUUGAAGUGUAUUUUCAUACGCCUGAGUGCUAAUAAACUUUACAGAACUUUUCUAUA